GUUAGUUCACGCUGCUCCCUCCGACAACGUCGGCACUCUUCAGCGGAGCUCCUGAGCUCUUCAGACUUUUUCAUACAAUCUCGAUUUUGAUUUCCACCCAAUUUGAGGGCGAAAUAAUCUCUAGUGUUCCCUUUUUGUGGCAUUUUUCGCUUCCUCAGCAAUGUGCUGACCGCCUCCCUACUUGCUCUCCUCUUCGAUAGGGUCAUUGAUACACUCGUCCUUCGCGAUACUUCUUUCUCCACCUCCCAGCGCAUAUGUUGUGACACAAUCACUUAGCCAGCCAUGAGUUCGGGAGGUCAAGAUGCAAAGCUCUUUGCAAGAGGCAAGGUUGCUGAGCUUCGCGCCGAGCUGCAGCAAGGCAACAGGAAGGAUAAGAAUCACUCUGCGAAGAAGAUCGCACUCAAGCGCAUAGUGGCAAACAUGACUAUGAGCAACAAUGACAUGAUCGCACUGUUCUCAGAUGUUGUGAAUUGCAUGAAUAUACCUAGCUUGGAAAUUAAAAAAAUGUGCUUUCUUUACCUAGUUAAUUACGCGCGGGCAAAGCCAGAGAUUGCAUUGCGGGCUCUCCCAACUCUUGUUCAAGACAUGGAAGACCCAAAUCCGCUCGUGCGCGCACUUGCUCUUCGAACAAUAUCAUAUAUUCACGUCCGAGAAUACGUUGAGGCGACGGUUCAGCCACUUAAGCAUCUUCUAAAAGAUUCUGACCCAUACGUGCGAAAGACGGCAACAUUCUGUGUCGCAAAGCUGUAUGAUCACGAUAGAGGCAUGGUCGAGGCAUCGGAUCUGAUAGAUCGGCUUAACUCAAUGCUGAGGGAUGAAAAUCCGACCGUAGUCUCCAGUGCCCUAGCAAGCUUAAUGGAUAUUUGGGAGAGAAGCAGCUCGAUUAAGCUGACUAUCGACUAUACCAGCGCUUCCAAAAUCGUCCAAAUACUGCCAGAUUGCUCAGAAUGGGGCCAAACGUAUAUUCUCGAAGCCAUGAUGAACUACGUCCCGCAAGACACUGCAGAGGCGACCCUUCUCGCAGAGCGUAUCUCCCCACGUCUUUCGCACAGCAAUUCUGCCGUUGCACUUACUUGCAUACGGGUAAUUCUCUACCUCAUGAACUACAUUUCGGACCAGAGGGUGAUCACGUCCCUGUGCAACAAGCUUUCUCCACCACUCGUUACACUUCUCUCCAAAGGCCCCGAGAUUCAAUAUCUUGCGCUCAGGAACGCACUGUUGAUUUUACAGCGCCGCCCGGAAAUUUUGAGGAAUGACAUCAGAGUUUUCUUCUGCAAGUAUAAUGAUCCGAUCUAUGUUAAAGUUACGAAGCUAGAAUUGCUUUUCAUGUUGGCGACAGAGAAGAACAUUAAAGAGGUUUUGACUGAGCUGCGAGAAUACGCCUCUGAAAUCGACGUCGACUUUGUUCGAAAGUCCGUUCGCGCUAUCGGCAAACUCGCAAUAAAAAUUGAGCCUGCUGCACGACUCUGCAUCAAUACACUUCUUGAACUCGUUGCCACAAAAGUAAGCUACAUUGUUCAAGAAGCCACUGUCGUUAUUCGCAACAUCUUCCGCAAGUAUCCCAACCAAUAUGAGAGCAUUAUCAGCACGCUCUGCGAGAAUCUCGACUCGCUCGAUGAGCCCGAAGCUAAGGCUGCAAUGAUCUGGGUCAUCGGACAAUACGCAGAUCGUAUUGAGAACAGUGACGAGCUGCUGGAAGAUUUCUUAUUUACAUGGCAGGAAGAGCCAGUCGAUGUGCAGCUCGCAUUAUUGACGGCUUCAGUGAAGCUUUUCUUGCAUCGGCCAACGAAAUGCGCAGAUCUAGUCAUGAAAGUGCUUAAGCAAGUCGUGGACGAGGCAGAUAAUCCCGAUCUUAGGGAUAGAGGAUACAUGUAUUGGCGGCUUCUUGCGCACUCAGGAAACGAUCCUAUGAUCGCAAAGAACAUUGUUCUAGGCGAGAAACCUGCAAUCACUGCAGCUGCCGAGCAACUCGACCCAACGACCCUGGAUGAAAUGUGCCUUAAUAUUGGAACUCUCGCAACAGUAUAUCUCAAACCUGUGCGGCAAGUCUUUCGGUCGGCACGCGUUCGCAAAUUACAAGAUAGCCCGGCUCUUCAGAAACACACUCUUCCGUCCUACAGAGCCCAGGAGAGAAUGCAAGAAGCGAGAAAAUCACUCGCAAUGCUUAACACAUCUCCUACUACCAUGCUGCAGCAGCCGCAGAGUUACCUAUCCCCUGGAAGCGCAGUGAACAAUGGUAUGGCAACAGGGAACCUAGAGGCUGCACUCAACGAAGCGGACAUGUAUUUCGCCGGUGUGGGGAAUCAACAAAUGGCUGCAAUGAGUCUAGGUGAUGCGAAUGGAAGUGGGUUCGUUGGCCAGCCUGUCACAGCAGGAAUGCAGGGUAAUGGUGCACAUGGGCCGGCUAAUGGGGGAGGCGACGAUCUACUUAUUCUAUGAGUCCUCGUCAAAUAAGGAGGCAAGAAUAUGAUGUAUUGACUGAAUGCUUAGUCUCUCGAUUUGUAUCUCUUACCGUGGAAUUUCAGAGAUCAUUAUCGCUAUGCCGGACUCUUGGGAUCACAUUGUGACACAUUCUAUGAUUUUAGCUACUGCUCCUAUGCAGGGUGAUCGUUCCCACCUGAGGUUUCUUCGUCACAAUACUGCAGGGCAAUGAGUACGAUGCUCAAUUUGCAUUUCGGAACCUUGGCACCAUGUUGAAUGUUUGCACCGAGAAUAGAGAGC